AUGACUACCGCCCUCGAUACCUGCCAAACGGCUGAAGAGAAGGUCGACGCGCUGGCCGAUGAAGUCGCCGCUCUCCAAGCCCUCAUGGCGGGCUACCUCGACUCCACACGCGCUCUUAUGUGCCAGUUUCGCAACGCACACAACGAGGCCGUUGCGGACAUCGAAGAGCUCUUCUCGAGCCACCAGGAACUCGCGACAAUCACGCAGCACCAGGCCGGCGCGAUCGACCGGGGCAUGGUUUACCUCGAGAAGCUGAGCAGCGCCUUGAGCAAAGGCUACCCUAAUCCGCCGCCGCCGCCGCCGCCGCAAUCAUCCCGCAUACUCGCCUCCGGUAGUAGAACCGGGCCCCCCACUCCCGCUAACCCCUCUUCCCCCACGACUAUCCACCCUAGUACACCCGCCGCCUCCGCGAGUUCGACCACACCUCCAAAGAAGGCUCUUAUCCCCCACUCUUCCACCACCCCGCCAGUAUUGACUCCGAAGCCCCUACUCAGCACCAAAGCCAAGGGCAAGGAGCCAGCAAUCGCACCAUGCGAAGAAGACGAAGUCCUCGUCGCGGAGAAAGCCAGGUCGCUGGGGGCGACAGUGGACAGCGUGCGCAAAGCCAUGAGCGGGGCGCACGACUUGUACGCCGAGGCGGCGAACCUCCUACGCGCUAACGACACGGAGCUGGGCGCGAUCUUGUCCGAAAUGGACGCUGAGCACUCGGCCCGCGUAGAUCAGGUAGCCCAUGUCGUUGGGUCUGCACAUCGCAUGGCCGAAACCGCGCAUGAUUACUUCGACUGGCAGCAGCGGUCCGGCUUUACCCUCGCCAAGGCCGCCUCGGCGUCCCCCGCCGUGCAAAAGGCCGCGCUCGACGACCUCGCGCACGCGCCGUUCAUCAAGAACUACAAGAUCACCUGGAGCGUCAAGUGGCACAAGGACCCCGACGCGGUCACGCGCGAAGAGGCGGUCGCGAUGCUCAAGAACGUCCCGCUUUCCUUCCAGCUCGUGCCCGUCUACGGCGGGGCUGAGAGUCAGACCGACGGAGUCGGCGCUACCGCCUCUGCCGCGUCGACUUCCACUCUGCGAGGCGAAACCAGGGGCCCGCCGUCCACCAAGUCCAUGAUCCCCGACAAUGGCAGGACCGCGAGCGAGGCCGCGCUCCUUACUCCGCGCACCGUCGACACAAAGGGAAAGGCUUGUGCCGACGAGGACUCCGCCCGCCGCCCCCUCGAGAUCGCCACCUCUCACCCCCGCUGCGCCUCGACCUCCUCCGCCGGUCCCGCGCCCGGGGCCCGCGAGGCCAGCCCCUCGGUCCACGCAUCCGCCGCACGCACGAAGCGCGGCGCCGACGUGGCCGGCGGAUCUCGAUCCCAGGCGGUCUCUGCGCGGGAGAAGAAGCGCAGGGCGGAGGAGGAGCCCGAGGACGGGGAAGAAGGUUCGGUGCCUCCUCGACCCACCGCGCGGGUACCGCGCCAGGGCAAGCGUCUGCGCGCGUAG